AGUUGCGUUGUCUGUCUAUAAAUCCACACAUUCUCCUUGAAAAGUUCACAGUUUAAGUUCGUUAAAGAAAACGUCUCACAUCAAUUCUGUUUUUCAUUGAACUGUAAAUCCAACCUGUCAAAGAUGAAGGUAGUCGCCAUAUUGGCGUUUUCUUUGCUAGUUACUUUAGCUAGCGCUCAAGGAAAUUACAAGAAAGUCUGUUACUUUGCCAACUGGGCCUAUUAUCGCAACGGGGUUGGCCAAUAUGGCACCGACAAGUUGGACCCAUUUGAAUGUACCCAUUUGAUUUACGGUUUUGCCGUUCUUGACGGUACUACUUACGAGAUGAAAGUUUACGAUUCUUGGGUUGACAUCGACCUUGGUGGCUACCAGACGUUCACUUCAUUAAAGAUCCGAAAUCCUUCCCUUAAGACGCUGAUUGCUCUUGGUGGCUGGAACGAUUCAGCAUUCACCACCCAGUAUUCCGAACUGGUAUCCGAUCCUGCUAAGAUGGCAAACUUUGUCGAAAAAGCUGUCAUUUUCAUUCGUCAGUACAACUUUGAUGGUCUCGAUUUCGAUUGGGAAUAUCCUGGCGAUCCGGGAACACCUGAAGACAAAGAGAAUUUCAUUACACUUCUAAGACUACUCCGUCAAGCUUUCGAACCCUACAACUUACUUUUAACAAUGGCACCGUCCUGCAGUCCGGCAAGAGCUGAAGUCAGCUACAAUAUUCCAGCUCUUGCUGAAGUCGUGGAUUUCGUGAAUUUCAUGGCAUACGAUAUCCACGGUGCGUGGGAAAACACUGUUGACCACCACGCUCCGUUUUACCGUCGCGAUUUCGAGCAGGGGAUGGAAGGUGCUGUUAUUGUAACUGAAGCAGUUGACUAUUGGUUGGAUCAUGGCAUGCCGCCCGAGAAACUGAUCCUGGGAUUACCGAGCUACGGUCGCUCAUAUAGAUUAGCUGACCCAAGUCAAACGUCUCUAUUAUCAGCGGCUAUUGGCGCCGGUCCUCAGGGACCAUACACAGGACAAGAUGGAUUCAUUUCCUUGUACGAGAUGUGCACCAAUCAACAGAACGGAUGGUCGGUAGUCACGGAUCCUACAGGAGCGAUGGGUCCUUAUUCGUUUAGUGAUAUAUCCUGGGUGUCAUGGGAUGACAUCGAUAUGACCAUCACGAAAGUAAAAUAUGCUAUGAGCAAAGGACUCGGUGGAAUAAUGUUCUGGGAACUUAGCUUAGAUGACUACUUGGGCGUCUGCAACAUGGGUCCACGCCCAUUCUCGAAUGCCAUUACUGCAACACUAGAAGGACGACCCUUCGAUACCUCCACUCCAGCGCCUACAGCAAGACCAUCCACAACACCAACGCCUCCACCUAUAACGUGCACAAAUAACGGUGAAUACUACGCUGACCCAUCCGAUUGCAGAAAAUACUAUCAAUGCGUUUUCGGAGUUAUAAAUGUGUACUACUGCCCAACUAGUCUUGCGUUCAACUCUAACAUUGACCAAUGUGACUGGCCUUACAACGUACCCGGCUGCUACUAAAACUUUUAAAUAAUUGGAUAAUUUUAUCCUCUGAUUUACUUUUCCAUCUUCCAUUAAUCACUUAUAAACAUCCUACUACAAUCGAUGAAUAGGCUUAACUAGAUCUAGUAGAAAAAAAUGUACCUGUUGUUGAAUAAAUCUUUAUCGAGUAUCA